AUGACAGAUAAAGAACCGAGUAGAAAAGAAAAAUAUCGUCAAGAAUCAAAAGAUGAAAGACGUAUAAAAUUUAAAGAACGUCGUCGUUUAAAAGCAGAAUCGAAACUAGUCGGUUUUCGUCAAUCAACAAGUUAUAUUGAUUCCGAAUUAACAAAAGAAUCAAUCUAUUAUACUGAUCCUCAAUCACCAAAAUUACGUAAAGUUUAUCCAUAUUUUUUUACAUGGAUAACACAUGCGAAAGAACGUUGGUAUGGACGAACGAUUGAAGAUGUUUUUCAGUAUGAAUUUCGUCGUGCUAUAUUAAAACAAAAUUUUGAUGAUAUUAUACGUAAUGGUCUUGUACGUAUCAAUGACAAAUGUGUAGACAAAAAUUAUAUUAUUAGAAAUGGUGAUAAACUUGAACAUUAUACACAUCGACAUGAAGUACCCGUCAUUAAUCAAAAAAUUAAUAUUUUAAUUAAUGAUGACGAUUAUUUAGUUAUUGAUAAACCAUGUUCAAUGCCUGUUCAUCCAUGUGGAAAAUAUCGAUUUAAUACUGUACUUGCAAUACUUCAUUAUGAAUAUCAAUUAUCCAAUCUUCGUACUGUUCAUCGUUUAGAUCGUAUGACAUCCGGUAUAUUAAUUAUGGCUAAAACAGCUGCAAAAGCACGUGCAAUUGAUUUUAAUGCUGAUCGUUCAUCGGCGAAUAGUGUUGAUAAACUUUAUUUAUGUCGUGUACGUGGUAAAUUUCCUUAUAUGAAUCAAAUUGUUCGAGUUGAUAAACCAAUUGAAACAUUUUCAUUUCAACUUGGUUUAACUAAAAUCGGAGGAAAUAAACAAUGUCAAACAUUAUUUCGUCGUGUAACAUACGAAGAAUUAAAACAACAACAAGAAACACAUGGUAAAUUUAUAUUUGAUUUAAAUAAUGAAAAUAAUGAAAUAGUUAUUGAUGAAUCCUCAUAUAAAUAUUCUGAUCAAGAUGAUACAAAGACAAGUUUAGUUUUAUGUCGACCAUUAAGUGGUCGUAUGCAUCAAAUUCGUGUUCAUCUACAAUAUUUAGGUUUUCCAAUUGUUAAUGAUCUUCUUUAUAAUGCUCCUGAUAUAUGGGGUACGAUGAAUGGACAAUAUGGUCAAUAUGAAAAUUCAAAUGAAUUUGUUGUUGAAACAUUUACUAAACGUCACAGUUGUGAAUAUUGGUUAAUGAAUGAUAAUGAUAAUGAAGAUGAAACUAUUAAUUUAAAUGGUAAACGAAUUAUUGAACAAGAUCAAGAAGAGAUCGGUGAUGAUACGAAAAGAAUUAAAACUGAAGAAACAAAAACAAUUGAUGUCAAUGAUGAUGAUGCAGUUAAAACAUAUAUUAAAGAACAUUGUUUUGAAUGUUUAAAUCAAUUUCGUGAACCACCAGCAGAUCAACUUAUUAUGUAUUUACAUGCAUUACAAUAUAAAAUAUCCGAUAUGACUACUUUUACUGGUUCAUUACCUGAAUGGUCUCAGAUCGAAAUAAAAUAA